CGACAACAUUGAAUCGAAACGGUCGAAUCAGAUUCAGCCGCUGCAUCCAUAUAGCUAUCAGCCACACCACGAGAGGAUUACUACAAUCGUUUCUCUCUCUCUCUCCUCCUUGCCAUCCAUCCACUUGCUGCUCUGCCAUAUCCAUUUAAUUACCCGCCCGGAAUGAGCUUUGCUAAUGCCGCGAGUGAGCUGCUGAUAGAAUCUCCGGCGACCAGCAGGAGAAAUCGGUCGGACUUCUCGGAACGGCGACGUAGAGCCCUGAAGAGGGUCGACAGAGAGCUGCUGAGGCGGAACUAUGGAACCGCCCUCUCUGUGGUCAAGCAAUUGCAAGCCAAGCAACUGCAAAAACAGAGCCUAUUGCGGGGAUUCGGCACCGCCAAACAGGUUCCAAUGGAAUCAUCGGCAAUAGAUGGGCUGCAAUUCGAGGGGUUGGAGAGAUCGUCGGUUGAAGCUCUGGUGGACUCUGUUCUGGAUGCAAUGCACGACCCUGCCCAGUUGAAAUUGAUACAAGAGGUUGAAGCCAGGGGCCCAAGGAGUUGUGAAGACGUCCAUUUGUUGUGCCUGCAACAUGAAGCUGGCCAUUUCCUAGUCGGCUACCUAAUAGGAGUUCUACCACAGAAUUACCAAGUCCCAAGCGUGGAAGAUCUGAGCCAGGACGAGGUCUUGGUCAAAUCGAAAAUCGAGUUCCCAGGGUUCGGCUUCCUGACAGGAGUUGGUCCUGAAAUCCUCCGAAGAAACCUCCCAAUAGCAAAGAGAAAGGGUACGGCUGCUGCUAUGGUGAACAGGAGGGUUUCAUCAAAGACUCUGAACGCAUUCUCUUGCGUAAUGCUAGGCGGAUUGGUUGCGGAGUACCUUGCCUUUGGAUAUUCACAAGGCCACCUUACAGAUCUCCAAAAGCUCCACAACACAAUCAAGUGGCUAGAAAUGGAGGAAAGCAAAGCAGAGUUUCAAAUCAAAUGGGCAGCACUCAACACCAUAUUCUUACUUCACAGCCAUCAACAAGCUAGAGAACGACUAGUGGAAGCCAUGGCAGAUGGGCAAUCAGUAGGGGUAUGCAUCGACGCAAUAGAAAGCACCCUUCCUCAUUAACAUUCAACUCGGAAUACAUCACACAGUUGUUCGAUAAAAAUCCAUCCGAAAACAUAGAAACCAAAAAAUAACAGAAAUGAUUUUGAUUAGAGCUUAGUAGAUGCUCAGAACUCUAGCCUUCUUCGAGUCACCGAUCCGAGAAGUUUGAGCUCCUCAUCGCCAAUUGGAUGUGCCUCGGAACAAUCUGAUUCUUCUUGUUAUCCCCAAGGUUGUCAACCCGCGAAUUGACCCGGACCCGGUCGAGCUAGUGAGUUAAGGGUUAAUGGGUCAACCGUUUUAGCCCAGAAAUAUAGAAAGAGACAUUAUAUUGCACUUUUCCUCAUAAAUUAUAUCAAAUCUUAUCUAACAUAUGAGUUAUAACAUAUAAUAUUACACCAAAAUAACAUAUCGUACUUAUAUCCAACAUAUAGUGAAAAUUCACACACACUUAUAUAACAUAAAUAUUCAAAUGUUCAACUUAGUAUUCCAAAGAUUGAGUUAGGCGAAAAGAAAAAUUGGAAAAUAGGCGCAUUUCGCAAA